AUGUGUCUUUCGAGACUUUUCAACUUCGCUUAUGCGAUGUCGUACUGUUUCAUAGAAGACCCUGCAAGAAAUCGUUGGCGAAGAAUAGCUCGAGUAGCAUUUGCAAAAACCUCCUCGAAUUGGACGGAACAAAACUGGAUAAAGCAUUUCGUCAUUACACACCUUCCUAAUGGUAAAUUUUCAAUCGAAAAAUACGCGUUCGACUCAGUCAGCCAUAUGAUUGAACACCACUUGAAUAAAAAGGAGUCAAUAUCAAGGGCAAAUGAAGUGAUUUUAAGAACACCUAUACUACGACAAAACUGGGAACACGCUCAUGAAGACGUGGAGCUAACGAAGAAGUUAGGUGAGGGCGCCUUCGGCGAAGUUCACAUGGGAAAGCUAAAACUUCGAAAUGGCAGAAAAGUUGACGUUGCUGUUAAGCUGGCUAAACUUGAGGUUCUAACAAAAGAACAGAUUAAAGAAAUCAUGCACGAAGCCCGGUUAAUGCGGAAUUUUGAUCAUCCCAACGUAGUGAAAUUUUAUGGAGUUGCAGCAGGACAAGAACCACUUAUGGUACUUAUGGAAUUGGUUAACUGUGGAGCGUUAGACUCUUACCUUCAAAAACAAGAGCAACCACUCGAGAAGAAAAACGAGAUGUGCUUACAGGCUGCGUGGGGGUUGGAGUACCUGCAUAUGAAAAAUGUAUUGCACAGAGAUAUUGCUGCUCGAAAUUGUCUCUAUGGCGACAAUAAGGUAAAAAUUUCCGACUUUGGUUUGACAAGAGAAGGAACAGUAUAUCAAAUGGAUCCUCAUAAAAGAGUGCCUAUCCGAUGGCUAGCGCCCGAAACCCUAAAAAUGGCGAUAUACACACAAAAAACAGACGUGUUCAGUUAUGGGAUAAUGUGCUGGGAAAUCUACAACAAUGGUAUCGAACCUUAUCCCGGUAUGACAGUAGCAGAAGUCAAUCAAAAUGUCAAAGAAGGUUACAGAAUGGAGUUACCGUUUAAUGUACUUCCAGAAGUUCAAAAUAUCAUAAAGGUGCGGUGUUGGUCCGAAAAUCCAAAUGAUCGCUAUUCAAUGGCGGAUAUAGCAAAGCAUCUGCAACGUAUCCUUAAGAUUCCCAGACCAGAUUUUGCAGCGAUUCGUGCGGCCAGAGCUGCAGCAGAGGCUGCAUCGCAGUCAUCUAGCUCGAUAGAGAGGACAAAUCGACCGUCGAAGUCUUUGUCUGGAGAGAAAAGUGUGCAAAAAAGCUCUUCAAAGAGCGUUCAACGAGGGAAAUCCAAUCGACCUGUCGUAAAUCGCAAAGGUUCAAAGCUGUCAAAGAAAGACAAGCAGCGCCGGAUGGCAGCUGGAGGGGGAACUCAGGCAGCUACCCCAACGAGACAAGCUACCGGAAGUAGGGCAAGAAGAUCAAGAGAAACGAGAAACAGAUACUAA